CACCGGGUGCAAAGGGACCGCCCGGAAAGUUAAGGUUAAAGAUCCCGCUUCUGCCCCGAAGAACUGUUAUUUUCGGGAAGUGAAGUUGGUUUCUCUUGUCUGCCGGAGCCUGGAUUUUCAUUGAGGUGCCCUGUGCACUCUCCCCCGGCUCUCCUCCUUGCCCAUUUGGGGUCGUCCAAAGAAAUUUGGAAGCGCACUUAAUGGAAACUAGGGUUCGCCCAGGAGAGAGUGAGGGAGAGUUUGCCUGCUUGUACAAUGAAGAUAGAAACCUGCUUCGAAUCAGAGAGAAGGAAAGACGCAACCAAGAAGCUCACCAAGAGAAAGAGGCAUUUCCUGAGAAGGCUCCGCUGUUUGCAGAACCUUACAAGACUGCAAAAGGCGAUGAGCUGUCAAGCCGGAUACAGACCAUGUUAGGUGACUAUGAAGACAUGAAGGAGUUCCUGAACAGCAAGUCCCACGCCCACUGCCUGGAUGGCUCUGAGGACCGGCCGGGGAAGCCCAGAUACCCCUUAAGUCAUGACAGGGGGAGUGGCGCUGCCUCCAGCUCCUUCCGCACACAUGUCUACCACCAGCCUGCCCACACUUCUGCUCCUGGAUCGCUUUCUGUUGGUAGCAUUAGCCACAGUCCAAAGAUGGCACAGCCGAGGAUGGAGCCGGUGCCAAGUCUUCAUGCCAAAAUCUAUGGUGCGCCCGACGGCCCGCAUCUGACUCAAGACCGCCUCAGUCAGGGACAUUGCUCCAGAAAGUGUGACCGAAGAGCUGACGGGGACUCGGCUCCCGAGAGGAAGCUCUCACCCUUGAUCUCCUCGUUGCCAUCCCCUGUCCCUCCUCUGUCACCUGUACAUUCCAGGCCGCAGGGAACCAGCAAGCCUCACAGCAGUGGGGGCAGCAGUAAAAACUGCUGUGCGGCCAAGUCUUCCAAGGACCUGGCGGUGAAGGCCCAAGAUAAAGAGACUCCUCAUGACAGUUUGGUGGCAGUCACCAGCCUUGUUGCAGCCCCUCCUCAGCCACCUUGCCAGACAUUUCCACCCCCUCCUCUCCCCUCAAAAAGUGUUGCAAUGCAGCAGAAGCCGACGGCAUACGUCCGUCCCAUGGACGGUCAGGAUCAGGCCCCUAGUGAGUCCCCUGAGCUGAAGCCGCCCCUGGAGGACUAUGGCCAGCAAAGCUUUGAGAAACCAGACCUUAAAGUGCCUGCCAAAGCCAAGCUCACCAGACUAAGGAUGCCCUCGCAGUCGGUAGAGCAGACAUACUCCAAUGAAGUCCACUGUGUUGAGGAGAUUCUGAAGGAAAUGACCCACUCCUGGCCGCCGCCUCUGACAGCCAUACACACACCCAGUACAGCCGAGCCGUCCAGAUUUCCUUUCCCUACAAAGGAUCCUCUGCACGUCAGUUCUGCAGCCCAAAGCCAAAAACAAUAUGACGCGCCAUCAAAAACCCACCCCAAUCCCCGGCAAGGAACUUCCAUGCUCGAGGAUGACCUGCGGCUCAGCGACAGUGAAGACAGCGACGUGGAGCAAGCUGCAGAGAAGCCUCCGUCCCCACCUCCACCUCCAAGCGCUCCGCAGACGCUUCCCGAGCCUGUGGCCUCAGCACAUUCCAGUAGUACAGAGUCAGAGAGCAGCGAGUCAGACAGCUCCUCAGACUCCGAGAGUGAGAGCAGUUCCAGCGACAGCGAGGAGAACGAGCCCCCGGAAACCCAGGCUCCCGAGCCUGAACCUCCGACAACAAACAAAUGGCAGUUGGACAACUGGUUGACCAAAGUCAAUCAACCGUCAGUGCCCCUGGAGGGCCGGGGGAGCACAGAGUCUCCACGAUGGCGCCAGGAAAGCAAGGGUGGCGGUGAGGGCAGCAGUGACCAGCAGCAUCCCAAUUCCAAAGACCCUCCCCCGAAAAGUUCCAGCAAAGCUCUCCGGGGUCCCUCUGAGGGGCCCCAGCCUGGGAAGAGGAACUGUCCGAAAUCCCCCGCUCAACAGGAACCCCCAGCACGGCAGACCGUCGGCAGCAAACAGCCCAGGAAACCCGCCAAGGGCUCCAGCCAGGCAGAGCCUCAGGCCGGCUCGCAGGUGGAGAGUGAAGCAGGACCCCUUCCCUAUGCCUCAAAGGAGCAGACUUCCAAAGACAAACCCAAGGUGAAGACGAAAGGCAGGCCACGUGCCGUGGGUGGUCGGGAGCCAAAGCCCGAGGUCCCUGUGCCUGUGCCUCAGGCAGCCGCGCCCAAGCCGCAGCCACCUGCGCCCACCCCCAGCGAGAAAAGGAAGCAUAAGAGUUCCAUAGCCACCUCCAAGGCCCUCUCAGGCCCUCAGCCUCCGAAGGACAGUGCUGGGGACAAGAACCCAGAGCACCCUGUCCUUGUCGCCUUGACUCAGAGCCAGGGUCCACCCCACAGCGGCAGGGGCAGCAGCGGUGUCAGGACUAGUGGCUGCCGGCAGGCUGUGAUUGCCCAGGAGGACGGCCGGAAAGACAAGCUCCUGUUGCCUCUGAGAGACACCAAGUUGAUCUCACCGCUCAGGGACUCCCCACCACCGACAAGCUUGGUGGUGAAGAUCACCCUAGACCUUCUCACCAGGAUCCCCCAGCCCCUGGGGAAGGGGAGCCGCCCUAGGAAAGCAGAAGACAAGCAGCGGCCAGCAGGGAAGAAGCAGGACCCGGAGACAGAGACGAGGAGCUGUGACAGCUCCGGCAGAGCCACCAAGAAAAGAAAGGGUGACCCAGAAAAAGACCACAGUAACAAGAGAAUCAAACUGGAUAAGUCGCACACUGCAUCAUCUUCAUCUUCCCACACAGAAUCUUCCAAAACAAAGACAUCCAGGCCUCCCUCAGAGAACUCAAGAAAGGAAAUGCUUCCUCCUCCGUCGGCGUCCUCCUCCUCGUCUUCCUCAUCCUCCCAGAAGCCAAGCAAACCUGCACACAAAAGGCCAAGGCCGGACGCAGACGUCUGUAGCCAGGACCCCCCCAGCAGUGCCGGCGGCAUGAAGAGCAGCUCCUCAGAUGCUCCUGCUCCCAAGCACAGAAAAGUACAGGCCAGGGGCUCCGAGCACAAAGGAUCUUCUGGGGAUGCUGCGAAUCCUUUUCCAGUGCCUUCGUUGCCAAACGGUAACUCUAAACCAGGAAAGCCACAGGUGAAGUCUGACAGACAAGCUGACUUUCACAUGAAGGAGGCUAAAAAGCUGAAGUGCAAAGCAGAGACAAUGGUGGACAAGGUUGGAAAAGCCUUCAAGUAUCUGGAAGCCGUCCUGGCUUUUAUUGAGUGUGGAAUGGCCACGGAAUCAGAAAGCUCAGCAAAGUCGGCGUACACCGUGUACUCAGAAACCGUAGACCUCAUUAAGUUUGUGAUGUCGCUAAAAUCCUUCUCAGAUAGCACGAUGCCAGCACAAGAGAAGAUAUUUGCUGUUUUAUGCUUACGUUGCCAGUCCCUUUUGAACAUGGCGAUGUUUCGAUGUAAGAAAGACACAGCGAUGAAGUAUUCUCGUGCUCUCAGCGAACACUUCAAGAGUACUUCCAAAGUGGCCCAGGCACCUUCUCCAUGCACGGCAAGAAGCACAGGCGUUCCGUCCCCCCUCUCCCCAAUGCCUUCUCCUGCCAGCUCCGGAGGGUCCCAGUCAAGUGCUGGCAGCAAUAUGGGAAGCGUUGGGGUGCCGGCCACCAUCCAGAACAUGACCUCCUCCUAUGUCACCAUCACAUCCCAUGUCCUCAAGGCCUUUAGCCUUUGGGAACAGGCCGAGGCCCUCACAAGGAAGAACAAAGAAUUCUUUGCUCAGCUCAGCACAAAGGCGUGCGUGUUGGCCCUCAACAGCAGCCUGGCGGACCUGGUGCACUACACAAGACAGGGCCUGCAGCGGCUAAAAUAAGCACCCAAAGUCCCCGACGCAGGCCGGGCCUCUCGUGCCUAGGAGUGUCUCUGCACAAUUGGAAGCUGUGACUCGGUGUAGGCAACUGUCGGCUGGGGAUGUCAGUACUCAACACGAGAAGCAGCAGCUCCGAGAGGUGGCCGGGAUGCUUGUCCACUGAACUUCUGACAGCUGCGUGGCCGUCGCUCGGACACGGCUCAGCUGAGGGGUGCUGGACGAUGAUCUCGCCGCUCCUGGUGGGAGGACAUGUGCAAUGGAGCCCAACUGGCGUGUGACUGGUCUAGAAACAUUUCUGGUUUUUGUUUGUUUGAAUGCUAGGAUAAAAAUUGCAGAUGAGAGGGAGAGAAGCAGGUUCGGGUCGGAGAGCAAACUUGUUAUCUCAGAAGCCAUCCUAGCUCGCCUCCAGAAGGAAUUUUUUUUUUAAUAAUAAUAAUUGCUGGUGAAGGGCUUUAUGAUUUUGUCCUCUUUUCAAGUUUUAAAGGAAAUGCUGUUUAAUACAUUCUGAUGGCCAUCUGUGGAACACUUGUGAAGGACUCCACUGCACCUCACUUCCUGCAGGGAAGGGGCUCUGCUGACAGAGUGCUAUCAUUACAAUUUUGAAGGUGACAUGCCCCCCCAGUCCCCAGUGCCUAGAGUGCUGCACAUUGUCCAGCUCUGGUCUCUCUGGCUGAACCGAGAAGCAUCCCAGGUCAUCCGUAUAGGGGAGUUGCAGCAUUCAGAUCCGGGUUCUAUCUCACAGUCUUCCCCACAUCCCCAGGGGCCCCACGCUUUCUCCCGACACAAUCCAGCGAAGGGACUGGCUAAGCAACAUUGACUUUGGGCAAACACAGGAGCCAUGUUGACCUUGGGCCGGAGGCAGAUGCACCUCACCAUCUGUCUGCUGGAGUCCUGGGGUCCCAACAGUGCUGUGGCUACUCUGUAUAUCAGUGAGCAAAAGUGAAGUCUUCCUAGAGAGGCUGUAUUUUUCUGCUACAAGUAUUUUAUAUUUAUAGCCAAACUCAGAUUUCCAAAGCCCUUGACUAUCCAGGGGACAUCAGCUUCUUCAGAGGAUGUGGCGAUUGGGAGGGAGGGUAAAUUCAACUUUAAAAUCACCCCACUACCAUACACCUUCAGAGCAGAGAUCUGAGCAGAGAACUGAUGAGGCUGAAUAAGAUCUGUGACCUUCCUGUGUCACCUCUUCAGCAGAGUCGGGCUUGUGGGCUCAUUAGGAUCUUUUCCCUCUGCCUCACCUCUCUGUCCCUUGCUGCCUGUCGGUUGUAAAAUGGCUAUGUUCCCUGUGACAGGUUCUGGCCUACCGACAUUUUGCCAGAGCUUGUGUAGGUCACUGUACCCCUUGCCUGGACACGUUUAGGCAGGACAGGAAGAACGGGCUGCCUCGUUCUCUGUAUGGAUGUGUUUGCACCCAGCUCUAGCUGCUACAGUUUCGUUUGUACUUUGAAAGCCAAUGCAGUUGUACAGGAUCUGUUUGUGCCAGUUUGGUCUGUAACUAUUGCACUGCUGGUUUCCCCACAACACUGUACCCAGAGAGCGAGUGUGCGCCAGUCUGCCUUCUUCGGAGAGAAAGCCCAGGGCUGCUCAGCACAGCACAGCAAGGCUCAAACUAUACACGUCUGCUUUUCCACUGCGCUUACAAUUCCCAGAGGGAAUUAUUUAUCCCUUUGAACAUGUGUUCUUCCGACCAUGCAAGAGCACCCACUUUAUGAGGAGGCAGCAAGCAUGUGAUGAGUCUUGCCUUUGCCACUACACAGGGUGUAUGGCCCAUCUGACUGCGACGCAGAGUAGAGGAAUACACUUUUCCUCCCCGGGUGUUGAAUGUUCUCUCUUUUGGGAAUAAUUAAAAUUAGAUAUAUGUAAAAGUCCCAUUAGAUAAUAAAAAGCACGUCACUAAAGCAGGCUGCCCUUGACUGAGGUGCCACAUGGCAUAGGGAGGGGUCCGAGGGUCCCAAAAGGCCCGGCUUGUCAAUGGUCCCUUAAGAUUGCAUGGGAAGUGCCUAGUCUUUGUUUAAAAACAAAGUGACAUUUUUGUGGAUGUUUUGACAAAUGUCUAUCCAUUCCUUGGACCACCCCCCUCCCCCAUCUGUAGGAAGUUUCGAACAGGCUCUUCCCCAUCUUGAUUGAAAAUGUGCCUUCACUGUGUAGAUGUUAGGGACAGGACGUCAGUCCUCUGUUCCUGUUUGGUAACUUAUGGGAGGACUUGUGCUCCUGAGCUGUGGUCUCUGAUGCAGAGGAGCAGCCAUUCGGCUAGACAUAUGUGUGCCUUUGCUGACCAAACAUAACUUCUGAAGUAAUGCUGUUUCUUUUGCCAUGACAUUGAGUGGUUUCACGGGUUUCACAUGUUUACUUUCUUGCUUUGUGAAGUUGGAGGUGAGUUGGGCAUAUAUAUAUAUAUAUAUAUAUAUAUAUAUAUAUAUGUAUGUAUGAGAUCUUUCCAUGCCUCCCACAGAUUCAUUUCCCCCAACACUACGAGAUGUCUUUGAAAAUUUACCACUUCAUCUGUUACGCUGUUCACCACCGGUUAGAAUUAUUUAAUCUUUCUGACACGCAGAACUGUAGAUUUUUCUCACUGAAGAAUGAGCUCUUGCUUUGCAGCUGUGGAGAUGCCCCCUCCCCCUUGCCUCUCUCCCCUGGUUUUGGCUCAUUUGGAACUACUGGGUGAGAGGUCUUUUCCUGUGGAAGGGAAGUGUGAGGACAGGCAGGCACGACACUGGGAUUUUGGUAUUUCUGCCAGCUGAGUCUCCAUGUGCAGUCCAGUUUCCCACUGACUGAGAACAGCUGCCUUGUGGCCGGGCUGGUACUGACAAGCACCGCCUACCUGUAAAAUGUCCUGGUCCCUUGGGGAUGAAUCACACUAGAUUCUGUUCCGCUCGCUGCGUGCCGGACACCAGCAGUUACUGUGACGGGGCAGAGAAGUGCCUCUUUCCCUCCCUAAGAGGGAGCUAGAGGGCAGGAAGGACUCCUAGAGCUCCCUGCAAGCCUGCAUAUAUGCUACAGCUGUCCCCGCAGGACACUGGGGUGCGGCCUGCUUGGGCUGGGCAGUAGCCGACCUGAGGAGGAUGAACUCACUUUGCUAGGUGUUUUAGCAGUGCUCAGUACAGGCAGUAUUAAGUUCGCCUUUUGUUCAGGCCGUGACAGGUAUUGCUAAGAACACUGCACAGCCUCGUGGAGCCCCACACACACUGUUCACGGUGCAGUGUGUACACAAGUGUCCGCGUGUGUCCCGGAUUUUAAUUUUUUUUCCUGAAUGUGAUCAUGUUUUGGAUGAUACCUGAGCAGGGUUGCCUUUUUUUAUUUAUUACCAUUAUAUAUUAUAUUAUAUAUUAUAUAUUUUCUUUCUUAUAAUGUUAGAAGAAAGUCAAAUCUUGGUAUUAAAAUUGCUUUAAAAGGGUAUAUGUUGUUGAGGUGAUAAUGAAAGUCACCGGUCUGCCUUUAAUGAGUUUUCCUUUGAUUACUGUGGAAUAAUGUGCCAGCCAUGAUCAGUACGGUGGUUGUGUGUGCAGGCUGGGGAAGCAGCCUGCUCCCAGUGAGGUUAGGCAAUGCGAAUACGGGGAACACCACAGAUUUAAAAAUCAGCUUCAGCCAUGAAGGGACUGCAAACUUGGGACUUUUGUGAAUAGGAUUUAUCUGCCUUGUAGAAGACUCUGAGAGGAGGCAGACAUGAUCUGUGGGAGAGUUUUUUUUAAGAAAAUCUGCAAAAGAUCUUUCCAAAGAUAAUGUGCCACAGAUCUUUUGCUUUUCUCUGUGACAAGGACUGAGUGCCGUCUUAGAAAAUGCAAGACUUGUUCAUCUUCAGUCUUUCCUUUCCACAAGAUCAAACUGUAGAAAAAAAAGAUAUUUAAUAAAAAUUUAGAGAAAUCA